AUGGCGAAGGCAUGCUCACCGACCAGCCCACAAACCCUGGUCGUCUGGGAUAUACGGAGGAGCCCGCACACAGGCCCUAGCACUUUUGGUGCAAAGGCACCCAAGGCGUCCACGUGCGCCACCCAUGGUGUCUUCUUCGACCGGCGUCUUCAUCCAUCUACACCACCACAACGACGUCGAAGCUGCAGACCUGCAGCCCAGCACCAUCUACACCACCACCACGACAUUGAAGCCGCCCGCUUACAGCCCGGCGCCAUCUCCACCCUGCCAAUAUCAACAUGCACCAAAGUUGAGUUCAAUGACACAUGGCGCCCAAGAGCUGAGCAGAUGAUGUUCAUGUACACAUGA